GCUGCUUUGAUUGGAUCUUCAAAUACUGUCGUCAGCGGUGUAAUGGCGUCCGAGGAGCCUUUGUACUGUACCUGUCGAAAGCCUUACGAUGAAACUCAGUUUAUGAUUGAAUGUGAUGUAUGCAACGACUGGUUUCAUGGAAGUUGUGUGGGUGUGCAGGAACAUCAGGCAGCAGAUAUAGAAAUAUACCAUUGCCCAAAAUGUGAAGAAACACAUGGUCCACUUGUGUUGAAAAAGCGACGGAACUGGCAUAGACAUGAUUAUUCAGAAGAAGAAGAUGGAAAGGCAGUGCAGACUGGGACAAUAGUCUUUAUCAAAGAACUGAAAAACAGAACUUUUCCAAGUGGAGAUGAAAUAAUAAAGCGAAUGAAUGGCAGUGAUAUUACAAAGGAGUACUUCCACCAGCAUGGCUUUACAGUACCAAUAUUGGUUGAGAAGAAAGAAGGGCUUGGCAUGAUUCUGCCACCGCCUAGUUUUUCAGUAGAAGAUGUGGAGAAAAAAGUUGGUUCACUAUAUGAAAUUGACGUCAUUGAUGUUGCACGACAAGAAGAUCACAAAAUGCUCAUGAGAAACUGGACGGAAUACUUUAACAGCCCUGAUCGACAGAAAAUCUUGAAUGUUAUAAGUCUAGAGUUUUCAAAAACAAAAUUAUCUGAAAUUGUGGACCCACCAAGUGUAGUGCGGCAAGUGAGCUGGGUAUCCACAUUAUGGCCUGACGAUCUUCCUGAAGAAGCAGAAGUGGCGCGUCCAGAGGUGCAAAAGUACUGCUUAAUGGGUGUGAAGGACAGCUUCACAGAUUUUCACAUUGACUUUGGUGGCACAUCAGUUUGGUACCAUGUGCUCUGGGGUGAAAAGGUUUUCUAUCUCAUCAAACCAACACCAUCAAAUAUGUCUCUCUUUGAAAGCUGGUUGUCAUCUGCCACACAGAGUGAGACAUUCUUUGGAGAUCAAGUAGACAGAUGCUGGCGAUGUGUAGUAAAACAGGGACAAACGCUCUUUAUUCCAACUGCCUGGAUCCAUGCUGUUUUCACCCCAAUUGAUUCCUUGGUGUUUGGUGGAAAUUUUCUCCAUAAUUACAACAUUCCAUUACAACUUGAGGCCUAUGAAAUAGAAAGGCGAGUGAAGACACCAGAAAAAUAUUUGUUUCCUUCCUAUGAGACGGUGAACUGGUAUGCUGCAAAGCAUGUCCUGGAUGUAUUAAGAGAAUGUGCAGAAGACAGAAGAAAACCAGAAUCCUUUUAUGUUAAUGGUGCCAUUGCACUUGUACAGCAUUUGAAAAAAUGGACUCGUCGUAAAGAUCUGAACAGCAAAUGUGUUUAUUUCAAGAGGGGGGAAGCACACUUAGAAGGAAUUCAGUACAGCAAAAUUAUCCGAUCACUCACUGCUGAGCUUAAACAUCUUGAAACACAGACAAGUAACACCAGUCCCAAGAAAACUGAGAGAAAAACAGAAAAGAAAAAGGAGCGCUGUGUGUCAGCCAAGAUGGCCAGUAUUGAUUUACUUCACAAGCACACAGAAGAAAAACUAAAGGCACUGCAGCAACAAAGCAGCAGUAUUUAUAACUUUGAGGAUGAAGAUGAAGUGACAACCCCUGGGGUCCUCAAAGUACGCAUACCAAAAGCUGGAGCACUAGUGACAAAAAGUCAGGAUGGCAGUGCCAUCUCACUGAGUAGAGCAGAGUCUGUGGAUGCUAAACUCAAAGUUCCCCCACAGAAGAGAGCACCUGGUGGCAAGAAAAAAGAUGGUGCCAUUCCUGAAAGUCAGGGAGUUGCUGUAAAUGUUAAAAGGAAGAGGAAGAUUCUAAGACGGAUAUAUCCACCUGGAAUGCAACAGCAGAUUGGAAGCAUGAAAGAGGAGGGGCUUAUGUCUUCCACACUUACUGUGAAAGCUAAUGGAGAGGAAGAGGAUGAAAGCGACAAAGAUACUUUGGUGGUUGAUGAAAAUCCUCCUCCUCGGCAAGCCAUUAAAAAAAAUUCAGCCUCUAAACCUGGGUCUCUCCGCCUUAAAUUAUCAAUUGCAAACAAGAAUAGAUCUCAGGGAGGAGGAGCUGAAGACGGACAAGGAGAGAACCUGAGUGAAGAUGAAACAGCUCAUCGACUUAACAUACCAACCAUUCGUGGUGGUCUUAAUGGUUCAAUUGCAGACAUUCUGGAAGCCAGUGGUUAUGGCACAGAAACUGAUUUCAAAGUGGAUGAGGAAUCUGUAACUUCAUCACCCACUAUGAGAGACGCCAUACAAGGUAUGCUGACCAUGAGUCGUGGAGGACGCAGUGGUAGUAGCUUGUUUGUAUUAGGAGAGAAGUCAUCCCUUGAGCAACAAACUGCUAAAAGAGUUGGUGGUGCUGUAGAAUUAGAAGAAGAGGAGGAGCAGCGCCUUAUGUCUGGCUACUACCAGGACUCUGAGUAUGUAUAUCCAUCCUUUGAGCUGGAAGAGGAUGAGAUGCUGAGCAGGAAGAAGCAUGACAAAGAUGACAACUGGAACCCUAAAGCACGUGUUGAUGUGCCAGAGCGGCGGGAGGAACGAUCACAACGUGAUGGAGUAAAGAAUCAAGCAGUUGCCUCUGGUCUUGCAGCUACUGCAGCUAAAUUAGCCGAGAUGCCCAUCCCAGGGGUCAAGACUAGCAAAAAGCAUGGGAAGACAAAGUCCGUGGAAAAAGAAUUUGAAAUAAAACCACUUCCAGGACCAUCAUCAGACUUAGCAAGUUCAACUAGUGCCUUUCGGCCAGGGAUUAAGCGUGCUGAUGUCAGUCCUACACACCAGCAACAGAAAGCUAAAAAACCCAAGAAAGGACAAGCAACAGCGAAACAGAGAUUAGGUCGAAUUUUGAAGAUCCACAAGAUAAUGUAUUAAGCAAAAAGCUGGUUAAGUGUCAUAAUGGCAGCAUAUUUCUUUGUGAAAAAGGUGAGGAAAAAUAAACGAAGAUCUGACUGACAUAAAUCGCUGAUUCUCAGGGCUUUUCAAUGAUAUAUUGUCAUAUUGGUGCUGUCUCACCAUGCAUGAUUACCAGCUCUUCUUUCUUCCACUUCUUCAGCUACCAUGUACUUUGUGAUAAUAAAUGGAUAUAGCUUUGAAAAGUAAUAUUUACUAUGAUUUUAUAAUUUAAGAAUCUUUGUUAGAACCAUUUGUGCAUAUCGUGUUGCUCUGAGCACCAUGGACAUUUAGAGUCUGGUCAGAGAAUCUGUUUUGCAAACUGUGUUAGCAUGGUAAUCAGGUCUACCAGGCUUUUUAGUUAGGCUGUCACAUCUUCUGAGAGAUGAAUACUUUUUCUUGAUAUAAAAAAAAUUCCAUGCACAUUUCUCAUGGGAAUACACCAAGUUUUAUUAAUCAUUUAAAAAUUGUAGCUGUAGGAUUUCUCCAGUCAUGAUAAUUGGUUUGAACACUGCAUGUGAAUUUCAUGUGUAGCUGUUCCUUUUCACUGCUGGUCACUUCUUGACUAUCUACGAGUAUUGAGGGUUAAUCUUUUGGUGGAAGAUAGUGGAAGAUACAAGAGGCAGGUUUGAAAAAAAAAUACCCAAAAACAUGGAGUUUGUCACAUGUAAUAUCCCUUUUUGCCGAGAGGAAGGGCCUGUGUUAUUUUUUUAACAAACAGUUGAAUUUAAUAAAUCAAAUCUUGCAACUGGUUUUUUUUUUUUUUUUUUUUUGGUUGGUUUCUUUGAUAUUUUAUACUAAUAAGAAUAGUGCUUGGUAAAACAGACUUAAUGGUUAGAAAUAAAGUAUUAAAAAUUCUUUUUGUGGGUUUUUUGGGUACAAUUUUGUACACCACAGUGGAAGUUCCCAGAGGUCUGAGUACAACUUUAUCUUCUAUGUGAGAAUUUAUGUUAAAUAAAAGUACAGGCGGUUCUCGGGUUACGUCAGCCCGAGUUACGAUGUUUUGUGGUUACGACUCAUCUCCCAUUUACUGUAUAAAGCCUUGUUUCGACUUAAGUGGUUUUACGUCGUAACGGAACUCAUGUAUUUAUAUUUAUAUAAAAUUUAUUUUUUAUUUAUAUGUGUUUUUGAUAAUUACUGUGUUAGGAUAGGAUAAGUGCUUACAGUAUGUUAUUAUAUGUACAUUAUGUAUGUAUGUUCCGACUUACAGCGAAAAUCAGUUUACGACACGACCAGGAACGGAACAUCGGCGUUAAGUCGAGGGUCGAGGACCGCUGUAUUCAUAUUCUGUAGCUUUCUUUUAAUUAAAUUUUUAUUUGUAUAU